CACGCGCAGGGAGUCGGCCGCCGUAAAGCGAGGCGGGGAAGAUGGCGGCGCGCUGCGCGGGAGGUGCAGGUAGCGCCUGGGUGCGGGGGCUCCUCGGCUGGAUGCGGCCGGAGAGGUGGUUUGCAGCUGGUAGCUUUUUCCCGCUGUCGUGCAUCCACACAAGUACAUCCCUGCAGAAACUUGGGAAGUGGGAGAAAAAGAACAGGAUUGUUUACCCUCCUCAGCUGCCUGGGGAACCUCGGAGACCAGCCGAAAUAUAUCAUUGUCGGAGGGAAAUAAAAUACAGCAAAGAUAAGAUGUGGUAUCUGGCAAAACUGAUUAAAGGAAUGUCCAUUGAUCAAGCUCUUGCUCAGUUGGAAUUCAAUGAUAAAAAGGGAGCGAAGGUGAUCAAAGAGGUUCUCCUAGAGGCUCAGGAAAUGGCAGUAAAAAAUCACAAUGUGGAAUUCAAAUCAAAUUUAUAUAUAGCUGAGUCACUGGCAGGCAAAGGCCAUUAUACAAAACGGAUCCGUUACCAUGGGAGAGGCAUGUUUGGCAUCAUGAAAAUCGUCAAGUGCCACUAUUUUGUGAAGCUGGUGGAAGGGCUUCCUCCUCCUCCAGAGCCACGAAAGACUGGUUUUGACCAAGCAAAAGAAUACGUGCAACAGCUGCGCAAUAGAACCCUUGUUCACACACUGUGAUGGACUUUUGUGACUGUAUAGGUAUUUCUUGUUUGACAAAGUAAUUAUGUAAAAUAAACCUAAAACAUGUUUUUAUUUUUUUUUUUGUUGCUGUUGGAGCUGAAUGAUGCAAGAAUGAUCACAGAUCUCUUAUUUGUCAAGCCUGAGGUGUGCAAAAAUGUUGGAAGAGCAGCAGCAGAUUCAACAGAUGUUACUUUUUUUGUUACUUGGACUACAGCUUUCAACUUCUGUGCUAUCAAAUCCAGAGGAAACACUGCACUUAAAACUUGUUGGGAAUUUUGUCAUGCAGUUCCUGCAACUCUGUUAUGUACGUUCAGGUCCUUUAUUGUAGAAGUGUACAAUCGGUUGCAGGGUCACGAGUUGGAGUAAACUUACCAGAAUUGGACAUUGGAAAGUAGCCACAACAGUUCAACAUAACUGACAUCAAUCUUGGAUUAUCAGGCAUCAAUUAAUGAUUCCUUUAUCUGGGCUGUAAUGCCACCUCCUUACUGUCUCUGUUGUGCACUGUAGGCACUGUGGGGAGUGAAAAAUUCCAAGUUCAGAUUUUGGCGGUGUCAGUAGGUGGCAAUGUUUAGUUUGUCAGGGAGGGACGUGGUAGUGAAAACUUGCAGCACAUUGAAACCUGAGUUCUGACCGUGGCAUUAAUAGUCUGAUAUGUGUGUGGAGUUCAUGCUGUUCUCUGUGGAAACUCAAUAUGAGUAGUGGAGAGUGAACUAAUUAUACUGUCUGGGAACAAAUUGCUUUUGUAAUGUUGAGGGAAGUAAAAUGCUGUAUGGAUUUAAUGUGGAAUGGCUUGUUGCAUACAUGAUCCAGACUUCCAGUUCUCUGGAAAAACAAACAAAAAAAAACCCCAUAUUCUAUUUUUAUCAUUAAUUAAGGGAAAAAGUAGUGAAAACAUCUUCACACUGUCAUGUUUUCACCCAGGUGAAAAUCAGAUCAUGGACAUUGGCAUAAAAAGAAUUAUAGUUGCUUGUUUAUGAAAAUGUCUGAUAUUUAGACCUUUUCAUUCUGAGAGCAUUAGAGUGGAAGAUUGAUUGCUUACCUCAUUUGGGUCUUUUUACCACACUGACUGAAAAUUUCAUCAGUGCUUGAAUAAUGGUAAAGGGACAGUUUGUAAGGAAACAAAUUCUUAGCUGUCCUAAUGGAAGUGGCCUGCAGCUGUUUCUUUUGGCUCCCAGAGAAGCAAUCUUACAGUACAAGAGUGUUAGGGGAUUGUGAAGUUACACAAAUACGUACAUGGCUCCUACUACUAAUGGUGCUUAUUUGCCCUCUGUUCGUCCAUGGUGUGCUUGCAGGCUCAGUACUUGUUCUGAUGGAGGAUUGUCAGUGAUCUGGGAAAAGAUUAAAGAAUUGCAAGAUAAUCCAUACUUAACAGCACUCGUGAUUUAAGCAUGUAAAACCUGACUUCUAGAUAACCUCUUUCAGGAGAAAGCUGUGUAUUUCCCUUCGAAUCUCUUUGGACCUCCAGACAAGAUUGUAUAAUUGCUCUGGUUUUCUCAGAAAACUGAAAGAGAAGUGAGAAUGUUGCUGAUGUCUUUUCCACCUUCAUGAUGCAGCUGGUGGCCCUGACACUUCCUUAAAUGGCCUUCAGUCAAAAGGCAAGAUGCAACCACAGAAGUGGUUGUUGCUUGUCAUUUCUGUCAUCUUCCUCAAAACAAAAAAUAGCAACGCUUUUUUUGGCCAUGCUUUACAGGCCCCAUCUUAUCUGCUUCUUCCUUAUGAAUGAUGUGUAACAUAGUGGAUCCUUAUGGUAUUGGCCAAGGAAGAUCCACAUCCUUGGCUGUAACAGUACAGGGAGGUCUGGUGAGAUACAGAGCUUGAACUGCCUUGAUUCCUCCCCUUUGCUUAUAGGAGGGUAGAAGUGUCUGAAGUGAUUUAUGGAGCCUGCCUGGAUCUUGAUUUCAGUACAACCUAAUGAUAAAACUGUCAAGUUUUAAAUAAAUAAUAAAACUGUUUUUUAUUUA